UUAAUCAGCUUCCGCUGGUUCGGUAUUGUUUACACCGGUGAAGAGGUCUAAAAAGUUAACAUAUAAUAAUGUCGCUUAUAGAAAGUAUUCCGAUAAAUACAUACCGAAAUUAUUUAAAUAUUCUGAAUGAUUCUUCUACAAAAGAGGAACUGAAGCUAAAAGCUACACAAGAACUGAGUGAAAAUUUUGAAAUGAUAUUGCAAAGUCCAGCAUAUCCGUCUUUCUUAGAUAACUCAUUAAAAAUAUUCAUGCGUAUACUUCAGGAUGGCGAGCCUCAGUUUGUUCAAGAAAAUACAAUGCAACACAUUCGAAAACUUAUUUUGGAGUUGAUUCACAGAUUGCCUAUAACAGAAAGCUUAAGGCAACAUGUCAAGUCAAUAAUAACUAUGAUGCUUAAAAUACUUAAAACUGAUAAUGAAGAAAAUGUUCUUGUGAGUCUUCGCAUUAUAAUUGAACUACAUAAACACUUCCGCCCGUCGUUUAACCCUGAAAUUCAACUUUUUUUGGGAUUUGUUAAAGAUAUCUAUACAAAUCUUCCAAAUCAUCUUCCAUCUAUUUUCGAAACAUCUAGUGAUAUUUGGAUAACCGAUUUAAAAGAUCUAAAUUUCGAAGUGCUUUUAUCAGAGGCAUAUUCCACGAGAGCAAUACAUGUCGAGAAGCAAUUGGACUCAAAUUCUCAACCACAACUCUAUAACCUUCUUCCUCGCGGAAUGUUGUCAUUGAAGGUUUUGCAGGAGCUCCCAAUAAUUGUUGUACUUAUGUAUCAAAUAUAUAAAAAUGCAGUACAUCAAGAAGUUUCCGAAUUCAUUCCUUUAAUAUUGACUACCAUUAAUUUGCAACCAACAGCAAUGCAAAGGAACUCACCACAGAAAGAAAUUUUUGUAGAUUUCAUGGGUGCACAAAUUAAGACAUUGUCAUUUUUGGCGUAUAUUGUCCGAAUAUUUCAGGAAGUAGUGGUCGCCAGCUCUGUAUCUGUAAUCACCGGCAUGCUUAAUCUGAUGAGAAACUGUCCCAAGGAAGCCGCUCAUCUCAGGAAAGAGCUCUUAAUUGCAGCCCGUCAUAUUUUUGCCACGGACUUACGUCAAAAAUUCAUUCCUUCAAUUGAAAAACUACUUGACGACGACUUGCUUAUCGGAAAAGGCGUCACAUUGGAAUCUAUUCGCCCUUUAGCAUAUUCAACAUUAGCAGACCUUGCUCACCAUGUUCGCCAAAGCCUGAGCUUAGACGUAUUAACAAAAGCAGUAAAUCUAUUUUCAAAAAAUGUUCAUGAUGAAACACUUGCCGUUGGAAUACAAACCAUGUCUUGCAAGCUCUUAUUAAACUUGGUUGAUUGCUUACGACAACACAGUGAAAUAGAGCCUCAUAGAUCAAGAGCUAUACUUACAAAACUUUUAAAAGUGUUUGUAAAAAAAUUUGAAACUAUUGCCAAAGUGCAGCUUCCAUUAAUAAUUCAAAAAUGCAAAGGGCAACCGAGUUCUGGAGUUACGAUCAAUUCGUCCGGCAAUGUCUCAUUGUCGCUUAUCAAUGUUCCUGAUCUAAAAGACGACCAAAUGUCCAGCGAACAAGCUAAAGCAUCCGCUUCUGGAUUACAAUGGGUUAACUCCGUAAAUGUAGCUGAAUUUCGGAGCUUAGUAAAAACUCUUGUAGGUGGAGUUAAAACAAUAACAUGGGGUUUCUUCAAUUCUAAGUUUCAGGUAUCUGAUACAACUCUUGCUAAUCAUGAAAAGAUAUUUGGACCUGAAAUCUUAUGCUCUUAUAUCGAAUUAGUGUAUUAUGCGAUGGAGGCUUUAGAUAUUUAUACCAUUAACGUUAAUCCAAAUCAACAGAGAACUUCUGGUUUGAUAUCCAGAAGUAAAGAAGAAAAAGAAGUAUUGGAACAUUUUAGUGGCAUUUUCUUAAUGAUGCAUUCCCAAAACUUCCAAGAAGUAUUUUCAACAACAAUUAAUUUCUUAGUGGAAAGAAUAUAUAAAAAUCAGUCCUUGCAAGUAAUAGCCAACUCGUUUUUAGCAAAUCCUACUACCUCACCACUUUUUGCCACUGUGUUGGUCGAAUAUCUUUUAGAAAAAAUGAAAGAAAUGGGAUCAAAUCUGGAGCGUUCCAACUUGUAUCUACGGUUAUUCAAAUUAGUUUUUGGAAGCGUUAGUCUUUUUCCAGUCGAAAAUGAACAAAUGUUGCGUCCACAUCUUCAUAAAAUAGUUACUCAAUCAAUGGAAUUGGCUUUGAUUUCGGACGAGCCGUAUAACUACUUUUUACUUCUAAGGGCAUUGUUUAGGUCCAUUGGUGGUGGUAGCCAUGACCUUCUAUAUCAAGAGUUUUUGCCACUUCUACCAAAUCUUUUGGAAGGACUAAAUCGCCUUCAGAGUGGAUAUCAUAAACAGCAUAUGCGGGACCUUUUUGUGGAACUUUGCCUUACGGUCCCAGUUCGGUUGUCGUCUUUACUACCUUAUCUUCCAAUGUUAAUGGAUCCUCUGGUUUCUGCUUUAAACGGAUCCCCUACUUUAAUAAGUCAGGGCUUGCGAACAUUGGAGCUCUGCGUUGAUAAUUUGCAGCCGGACUUUUUGUAUGAUCAUAUACAACCAGUAAGAGCAGCUUUGAUGCAAGCUUUGUGGAAAACCUUAAGAAAUCAGGACAAUGCUGCUUUAGUUGCUUUUCGCGUUCUUGGGAAAUUCGGAGGCGGGAAUCGAAAGAUGAUGGUUGAGCCACAAACUUUAUCCUAUUAUCGGACUGAAAACCCCACUAUUUCAAUUGUAACAUAUUUUCAAGAAUAUGAAAUACCAAUUGAUUUUCCUGUUGAUGAGGCUAUUAAAUCAGCACUUAGAGCACUGGGAUCAAAUUCUACUGACCAGUUUUAUAGACGACAGAGCUGGGAAGUAAUUCGAUGUUUCUUAGCUGCGUUUAUUAGUUUGGAUGAUGAAAAACAUAUACUUCUAAAACUUUUUAGUCAUGUGGAUUUUGUUGAAAAUAAAAUUAUGAAUUGGUCUACAUUUCAGCACAAAGUUGAAGAUGAAACUGUUAGAUUAACUCAUCAGACUGCGCUUGUAGGAAUGCUAGUUGCAUCAGCUACAAAGGACUUGCGAGACUCUGUGUGUCCAGUAAUGGCAGCUGUUGUAAGACAUUAUACCAUGGUAGCUAUUGCACAACAGGCAGGACCUUUUCCACAGAAGGGAUAUCAAGCUACAAAUGGAGUUGACCCCAUGGUAUUAAUUGACGCAUUAGCCUCUUGCAUGGGACAUGAAGAAAAGGAAUUAUGUAAACCGGGGAUAGCAUGCAUGGGUAUUAUACUUGACACUGCAACAAACAUAAUGGGAAAUAAAGAAAGAGCAUGUAAAUUGCCUAUCAUACAGUAUUUAUCAGAAAAAAUGAUAUCUUUAUGUUAUGACCGCCCUUGGUACUCUAAAGUAGGCGGUUGCCAAGCUAUUCAAUUUUUAUGUAAACAUAUGUCUCUACGUGCCCUUUUUCAAAAUCUUUUUAAUUUUUUGAAAGCUUUUAUGUUUAUCCUAAUGGAUUUAGAAGGAGAUGUUUCUAACGGCGCUAUCGAAAUAACAAAAAGCUAUAUAAAAAGCAUGUUAGAAAUUUGCUUAAGCCCGAUAAAUGAAUGUUAUAACAAUGAAGAGCUAAAAGACUUACAAAUCAAAGCCACCUAUGAAGUUAUUCACGAAUUAGUGCGGCAUAUAACAAGCCCCAACGCAAUUGUCAGAGAAGAGUCUAUGGUACUGUUAAAGCACAUUGGAACCAUGCAGUUAAAGUCGGUUUCUGAAGUUAUGGAUCCACAUAAAGAUGUUCUCGCUGACAUAAUACCUCCGAAGAAACAUCUGUUGAGGCACCAACCAGCAAAUGCACAAAUUGGAUUAAUGGAUGGCAAUACAUUUUGUACAACUUUAGAACCACGAUUGUUUACAAUUGAUUUGACGAACACCUAUCAUAAACUAUUUUUUCACGAGUUGCUUACAUUAAGUGAGGCCGAAGAUGCCACGUUGGCGAAAUUGGACUGUUACAAAAACGUUCCUAAUCUUAUACCACUUAGGACCAGUGCGUUGCGAGCGCUAGCUGCAUGUCACUACAUUAGUGAUAUCGGAUACAAAGAAAAAAUUAUAAAUAUAAUCUUUAAAGUCAUGGAAAAUGAUAAAUCGGAACUCCAGGAAACUGCGUACUUAUGCAUGAAACAUUUUAUAUCAGGAGUUACACUUGAAAAAGAAAAGGUACAAUCUGCAAUGCGUCCACUGCUCUUAAAAUUGGGUGAUCACAGGAAUUUAUCUAUACCAGCAAUAAAACGUUUAUCUUAUUUUACUCAGUUAUUUCCACAUAUGUUUAAUGAGAAAUUAAGUGAGCAAAUAUUGCAACAUUGCUCAAAAAUUAUUGAAAUAUUUGUUGGUGACUACAAGUGCACAAAUGCAAAUAUUAAUUUCUUUGCAUCAUCGAAAGGUGGAGAGUAUGAACAGAAAAUUGUCAUAUUAAUUGAAAUGUUUUUCCAUAUCUCGGCCUCAGUAAAAUAUAUUGAAAAAUUGUGCCAGCUUGUCUUAAAAACUGAAAAGAACUUGAUGAUUGAGGCAUCUAGCCCAUAUCGGGAAGCUCUUCUGAAGUUUCUUCAACGCUUCCCAGACGAAACUGUGGAUUUAUUUUUGACUGAAUCUACUAUGAUUGAUUCUCAAUGGAAUCGGUUUUUUAUAUAUAUUUUGAAACAUCAAAAGGGAUCAACAUUUCGUUCAGUUAUAAAAAGCAGUAAAUACAAUAAAUUAUUAAUUUACUUAAACGUCUGCACAGAAUUUCCUCAAAAGCAUAAGUACGAGAUUCAGCACCAAGCCGUUUUAAUAAUAUUUACAAUAAUGGAAUUAGACGAUCAAUGGAUUCCGACACGGCAGGAUAUUGUCGACACCCUUAAAAGUUGUUGGCAGAAUGAUUUGAGUUCCACUUGCUUUGAAGACGUAGCUUGUGACUUAUGGCAUUUAAUUGGAAAAAUACUUUUGCUUUAUUUUUCAAACAAUACGAACGACAUUGAACUGCUCUUUCAAUUAUUAAGGGCAUUAUGCUUUCGAUUUAUACCGGAUGUCUUUUUCUUACGAGACUUUUUGCAAAAUACAGUUGCUCAAAGCUUUACUGUGAAUUGGAAACGAAAUGCCUUUUUUUACUUUGUUGAAAAUUUUAAUAAUAAUAUAAUUUCGGAAGAGUUAAAAGCCAAAAUUAUUACCGCUGUAAUUAUUCCAUGUUUUACUGUAAGCUUUGAUAAAGGCGAAGGAAAUAAACUAAUUGGAGCACCACCGACCCCUUAUCAAGAAGACGAAAAAAAUAUUGUUUCCGUAUUUAUUAAUAAAGUUUUUGACCCAGAUAAACAAUAUGAUGAUGCUGUGAGAAUUGCUCUGCUUCAGCUAGCAUGCUUAUUGGUAGAACGUGCAUCUCAGCACAUACAUGAUGGGGAUGCAAAUAAUAAACGCCAAGGAAAUAAGUUGAGGCGUCUUAUGACCUUUGCAUGGCCUUGUUUACUCAGCAAGAAUUCAGUGGAUCCUACUGCACGAUAUCAUGGUCACUUAUUGCUUGCUCAUAUAAUCGCCAGAUUAGCCAUUCAUAAGAAAAUAGUCUUACAAGUAUUUCAUUCUUUGCUGAAAGGACAUGCGUUAGAGGCCAGAUCUAUUGUUAAGCAAGCACUUGAUGUACUAACACCAGCUAUGCCAUUGCGAAUGGAAGACGGGAACACUAUGCUAACGCACUGGACCAAAAAAAUUAUCGUUGAAGAAGGACAUGCAAUGCAGCAGUUAUUCCAUAUUUUACAACUUAUAAUUCGUCAUUAUAAAGUGUAUUUUCCUGUGAGACACCAACUAGUGCAACACUUGAUUAAUUAUAUGCAGCGCCUCGGAUUUCCUCCUACAGCAUCCAUUGAACAUAAGAAACUAGCUGUGGACUUAGCAGAAGUUAUUAUAAAGUGGGAGCUUCAUCGAAUUAAGGAGGAUGAUCGAGAAACUAAAGUUGAUUCGACUGAAGAUGAACUAAUGCAUGAAAGCUCAAUAAAGCGUCCAGGAAUCGAUUCCGUAGAAAAUCGAAAGAAGUCAUUUGAUAACAUACGGGAAUCAGCAUUGCAAGGUGUGGGACCAUAUGCUAAGGCUGAUGACGUUUUCCGCUCUAUAGAUAAAUCCUACUGCGAUACGGUUUUAAAUUUUUUGGUACGGUUGGCAUGCCAGGUGAAUGAUCCACAAGUCACAAUCAUUUCGCCAGGAGAGAGUUUAUCUCGAAGGUGCGUUAUGCUUUUAAAAAUGGCAAUGCGUCCUGAGAUUUGGCCACAACCUUUUGAUAUUAAGCUUAAUUGGCUUGAUAAAGUUCUUGCAACUGUGGAAACUCCUCAUCACAACUUAAACAACAUUUGCACUGGAAUCGAUUUUUUAACAUUUUUAACUACUAUAUUGAACAAGGACCAGUUACUAUCAAUUGUAAGACCAGUUCAACGAGGCUUGUCCUUAUGUAUAAUUCAUCAAAAUACUCGGAUUGUGCGAUUAAUGCAUAUGUUUUUAACACGAAUUAUGGGAAUUUUUCCACCAGACUCGCAACACAAACAUGACGAUCUUGAUUUAUUAUAUAGUGCUGUUAGUAAAAUGAUUGGCGAAAACCUCACGUUUUACGAAAAGAGUCCGCAACCGAAUGCGUCGUCGCUAUUUGGUGCCUUAAUGAUUUUAAAGGCGUGCACCACGAAUAACCACAAUUAUAUCGAUCGAAUUUUGGUUCAAUUUAUAAGAGUUCUAAAUCGACUUACAAAGGAUCAUAUAAAUACAAUAAACGGCAAUGUUAACAGCCAACUCCCUGAUUCAAAUUCUUUACCUUUAGAGCUCUUAGUGCUUUCGCUGGAAUUAAUAAAAAAUAGAAUUUUUAUAAUGAGUGUGGAAAUCAGAAAACUUUUCAUGGGUACAAUUUUGGUUAGUCUUAUAGAAAAAAGCUCUGAAGUAAAAAUUAUAAAAUGUAUAAUUAAAAUGAUGGAUGACUGGAUUAAAACAAAAGAAGCAAAUGUUAUGAUUCAAGUUCCAUCUAUUCGGGAAAAAUCAGCUUUGCUCGUAAAACUAAUGCAGAACGUUGAUAAAAAAUUCACUGAUGAAAUUGAACUAAACGUACAAUUCUUAGAAAUUAUAAACUUUAUAUAUAGAGAUGAAGUUCUUAAGCAAACAGAAUUAACAAGCAAACUGGAGGGAGCAUUUUUGAACGGCUUACGAUUUCAAAAUCCGCAUAUACGGGCCAAAUUUUUUGAGAUUUUAGACUCUUCAAUGCGUCGUAGACUUCACGAUAGAUUAUUGUAUAUUAUUUGUUCUCAAGCAUGGGACACAAUUGGUUCCCAUUAUUGGAUAAAGCAAUGCAUUGAAUUGCUUAUCUUAACAGCUAAUACAAUGAUGCAAAUUCAGUGUUCAAAUGAAGAAUUGAAAAUACCCAGCAUUACUUCAGUUAUUCCAGCUAACUCAGCCGAUACACAGGAAAAUUCGUUUGUGUCCUUCCUAUCAUCUCAAUCGGAAUCUUUUGAUAUUAUUCAAGGUGUUGAUGAUAAAGAUGACGUGUUUGAUAUUGAUUUAACUCUCGAAUUCACCGCUGAUCGAAAAGAUGAUUGUCUACAAAUAUUACCAACUCGACGUGCUACGUUAGUUGAACUAGUUUAUAAGCAAGCUGAAUUUUUGGAAGCAAAUCGAAAUAUAAGGACCGAUCAGAUGCUUGUCGCUACUUCUCAGCUUUGUCAUAUCGACACGCAUUUAGCUCAAUGCAUUUGGAUAUCUAUAUUUCCACGUAUUUGGAGUAUAUUUACUGAAGAUCAAAAGCAUAACAUCACAAAGGAAUUAAUUCCGUUUUUAUCGUCUGGAACAAAUGUCAAUCAAAAGGAUUGCUUUCCAAGUACACUGAACACUUUUGUAGAAAGUUUGACUAAAUGCACGCCAUCCAUAUAUAUUCCUCCCAAUUUAUUAGCAUACCUUGGAAAAUCUCAUAACCUGUGGCACAGAGCAGUCCUGGUUUUAGAGGAUAUGUCAGUUAAUCAAAGUAAGGAUAACUCUAAAGAUGUGGAUUUUAAUUUUCCCGAUUUGGAUAAUCAAGAAUCAAAAAAUAUAUUUGACUCACUUUCAAAAAUGUAUUCUUCAAUGCAUGAGGAAGAUCUGUGGGCUGGCCUUUGGCUUAAGUUUGCACACUAUCCGGAAACAAAUAUAGCGGUUUCAUAUGAACAAAUGGGAUUUUUCGAAGAAGCUCAAGGUGCUUAUGACCUAGCAAUGACCAAAUUUAAACAGGAUUUAAAUAACGGUGUCGUUAAUACAUAUGUUAAUAGCGAGUUAUUAUUAUGGGAAAAACACUGGAUGCGAUGUGCUAAGGAAUUGAAUCAGUGGGACAUUCUACUGGACUAUGCCCAAACUAAUAAAGAUAAAAAUAUGUUUUUAAUUCUUGAAAGUUCAUGGCGCGUACCUGAUUGGAAUUUAAUGAAAACAUCUUUAGCUAAAACAGAACAAUGUUAUUUGAAACAUCAUGGUUUUAAAAUAAACCUUUUCAAAGGCUAUUUGAAUAUACUUCACCAAGAAGAAAGGCAAAAUGGCAGUGUAGAAAGAUAUGUAGAGAUUGCAUCUAGCUUAUGUAUUCGUGAGUGGCGGCGAUUACCCAAUAUAGUUUCACAUAUACACUUGCCAUAUCUUCAAGCCUCACAACAAAUUAUGGAACUUCAUGAAGCAAGUCAAAUCCACCAAGGACUGGCGCAAUCUCGUAGUAAUUCAUUGCACGAUAUGAAAGCCAUCGUUAAAACUUGGCGUAAUCGGUUACCAAUUAUUUCUGAUGACUUAUCACAUUGGAGUGAUAUAUUUACUUGGCGACAACAUCACUACCAAAUAAUAACGCAACACCUAGAACAACAAGCAGAUCAAGGAAGUACAAUGCUAGGAGUACACGCAUCCGCACAAGCAAUUAUUUCUUUUGGAAAAAUUGCUAGAAAACACAAUUUGACAGGUGUUUGUCAAGAAACAUUGUCCAGGAUAUAUACCAUUCCUUCCGUUCCGAUUGUGGAUUGUUUUCAGAAAAUUCGGCAGCAAGUAAAAUGCUACCUCCAAAUGCCCUCAACAUCUGGAAAAAAUGAAAUUAACGAAGCCUUGGAAGUUAUUGAAUCCACCAAUUUGAAAUACUUUACUGGUGAAAUGAAUGCUGAAUUUUAUGCUUUAAAAGGACUUCUGCUAGCCCAAAUUGGACGAACUGAAGAAGCUGGAAAAUCAUUUAGUGCUGCUGCACAGCUUCAUGAUGGUCUUACAAAAGCCUGGGCUAUGUGGGGCGAUUAUAUGGAACAAAUUUUUCUUAAAGAAAGAAAAAUUUCACUAGCUGCUAAUGCAUUAAUAUGUUAUUUACACGCAAGCAGAAAUCAAAUUGAAAGCAAAACCAGAAAAUAUAUUGCAAAAGUUUUAUGGUUCAUGUCUUAUGAUAACCACACGAAAACUCUAUUAAGUACUUUGGAAAAAUAUGUUCCAGGCAUUCCACCCUCUUAUUGGCUUCCAUGGAUACCUCAAUUACUGUGCUGCUUGGAGCAAAUUGAGGGCGACGUUAUAUUAAAUCUUUUAAGUCAAAUUGGACGCCUAUACCCCCAAGCGGUUUAUUUUCCGAUUCGGACUUUAUAUUUGACUUUAAAAAUCGAACAGCGGGAAAAACACAAAACCGCCGAACAAGCUGUCUAUGCUGGGAAAAUGUCAUGCUCGAAUAUGGAUACCAUUGCUUCAAGUUGUGGAAGAGCUAGUCACGGAAAUAUUCCUUCAAUUAAUCCAAUUAAAGCAACGCCACCCAUGUGGCGCUGCUCUAAGGUUAUGCAAUUGCAAAGAGAAGUACAUCCCACAAUAUUGAGUUCCUUGGAAGGAAUUGUUGACCAAAUGGUGUGGUUUAGAGAAAGUUGGACAGAGGAAGUGCUUCGACAACUACGGCAAGGCCUAAUAAAAUGCUAUGCCAUCGCAUUUGAAAAUAGAAAUAGUGUUGUCCUUUCUACUAUAACUCCCCAUACGUUGCACUUUGUAAAAAAGCUUGGUUCUACAUUUGGCAUUGGAAUAGAAAACGUUCCAGGAUCCGUAACAUCUUCAAUUUCAAAUUCAGCAGCUUCAGAAUCUCUUGCACGACGUGCCCAAGUCACUUUUCAGGACCCAGUAUUUCAAAAAAUGAAAGAACAAUUUACAAAUGACUUUGAUUUUUCAAAGCCAGGUGCUAUGAAAUUACACAACUUGAUAUCAAAAUUAAAAACAUGGAUAAAAGUCCUUGAAACAAAAGUUAAAAAACUACCUACAUCAUUUUUAAUAGAAGAUAAGUGUAGAUUCUUAUCAAACUUUAGUCAAAAAACGGCAGAGGUUGAACUUCCUGGAGAACUAUUACUACCGGUAUCAUCACAUUAUUACGUUAGAAUUGCCAGAUUUAUGCCUCGUGUGGAAAUUGUACAAAAAAAUAAUACUGCUGCACGAAGAUUAUAUAUAAGAGGUACGAAUGGAAAAAUAUAUCCGUAUCUUGUAGUCCUUGAUUCCGGACUGGGAGAUGCUCGCCGAGAAGAAAGAGUUUUGCAAUUAAAACGUUUGUUAAACUAUUACCUUGAAAAGCAAAAAGAAACUAGUCGACGGUUUCUGAACAUAACGGUACCAAGGGUUGUCCCAAUAUCGCCACAAAUGCGAUUAGCGGAAGAUAAUCCAAACAGCAUUUCUUUGUUAAAAAUAUUUAAAAAGUGUUGUCACAACAUGCAGGUUGACUAUGAUAUGCCAAUAGUUAAAUAUUAUGACCGACUUUCUGAAGUUCAGGCAAGAGGAACUCAAGCCACACACACAAUUUUGAGAGAAAUAUUUUCAGAAAUACAAUUGACUAUGAUCCCAAAGAUCUUACUAAAACAUUGGGCUUUGAAAACAUUCACGGCAGCUACAGACUUUUGGCAUUUCAGAAAAAUGAUUACCCUGCAGUUGGCCUUGGCUUUUUUAUGCGAACACGCAUUGAAUCUUACUCGUCUAAAUGCGGAUAUGAUGUACCUUCAUCAAGACUCAGGACUCAUGAACAUAUCGUAUUUCAAGUUUGAUUUGAAUGAUGAUAAGUGCCAGCUUAACCAACAUAGACCUGUACCAUUUCGCCUAACACCAAACGUUGGUGAAUUUAUAACACAUAUUGGAAUAACCGGACCUUUAUCGGCGGCAAUUGUGGCUACAGCUCGAUGUUUUAUUCAACCGAACUAUAAGCUAUGUUCUAUACUACAAACUGUUUUAAAAGAUGAAAUAAUGGCCUUGCAAAAAAAAGGGUUCAGAGAAUGUAAAUUUUCAGAUGGUUCUGAAGGCCGGUAUUCCGAUGGAAAUGUUAUGGAUCAAACAGUUAGCGUUGUGAAUUCAGCGGUGGACAUCAUAAUGAUGCGUUUUAAUAAAAUUUCUUAUUUCGAUAGCAUUGAAAAUAAAAAGAUUUCUAUGCUUAUACAAUCGGCAACCAACAUCGAUAAUCUUUGUCGCAUGGACCCUGCCUGGCAUCCUUGGCUAUAAUUUCGUAUAAAUUAAUUUUUACUUGUGUUGAGUGGUUUUUCUAUUCCUGUGAAAGGAACUUCAUAACAUAAAUAUCAUAUUUGUUAAAUCUUAAAUAUGUAUAAUUUAAGUUCUAAAUAAUAAAUCAAGACAAAUAUAUCUUAAUAUUAAA